AGGCUGAUCGAGACCCCCAAACGUUCCAUGAACGCCUUCCAAACUCUCGACGUGAACUGGGGACCCGGAUCCGACACUAUAUCCUCAGGCACCCUGUAGUGCCGGAAGACGUGAGUAAACAGGGCUUUCGCAGUCUGUAGGGCCAUAGGAAGACCGGGCAGAAGGAGGAGACAACAGGACUUAGAAAAACGAUCCACAACGACCAGGAUCGCAGUGUUUCCCUGUGAAAGAGGAAGAUCUGUUAGGAAAUCCACUGACAGAUGUGACCAAGGUCAUUGUAGAACGGGUAAGGGAUGUAACUUACCUCUGGGCAGGUCUCUCGGAGCCUUGCACUGGGCACACAACGAGCAGGAGGAAACAUAAACCCUCACGUCCUUUUCCAAGGUCGGCCACCAGUACUUCCCAGUCAGACAGCGCACUGUCCGACCGAUCCCCGGAUGACCAGAGGAGGGAGACGUGUGGGCCCAAUAGAUCAACUGGUCACGGACAGCAGACGGAACGUACAUACGCCCAACGGGACACUGGGGGGGAGCGGGCUCUGUACGCAACGGCUGCUCAAUGUCCGCGUCCAGCACCCACACGACCGGCGCUACCAGGUAGGAGGCCGGUAGAAUGGGAGUCUGAUCCAUGGGCCGCUCCUCUGUGUCAUACAACCGGGACAGUGCGUCUGCCUUCUUAUUCUGGGAACCUGGUCUGUAGGAUAGGGUAAACACAAAACGGGUAAAGAACAUGGCCCACCUUGCCUGACGAGGAUUUAGUCUCCUCGCUGCCCGGAUGUACUCCCGGUUGCGGUGGUCAGUCCAGAUGAGGAAAGGGUGUUUAGCCACCUCAAGACAAUGUCUCCACGCCUUCAACGCUUAAACCACAGCCAACAGCUCCCGGUCCCCCACAUCCUAGUUACGCUCCGCUGGGCUGAGCUUCUUCGAAAAGAAAGCACAGGGGCGUAGUUUCGGUGGUGUACCCGAGCGCUGAGAGAGCACGGUUCCUAUCCCAGCCUCGGACGCGUCCACCUCCACUAUGAAUGCCAAAGAGGGAUCCGGAUGGGCCAGUACGGGAGCCGAAGUAAACAGAGCUCUUAGCUGCCCAAAAACCCUGUCCGCCUCAGCCGACCACUGCAACCGUACAGGACCCCCUUCAGCAGUGAGGUAAUGGGAGCAGCAACCUGGCCAUAACCCCGGAUAAAUCUCCGGUAGUAACAAUUACACACAAAGACAUGAUAGGAAACAGAGGGCUAAAUACAUGUAGAGUGAUUAGGGAAUGAAAACCAGGUGUGUAUGGGACAAGACAAAACAAAUGGACAUAUUAAAAAUAGAGCGGCGAUGGCUAGAAAGCCGGUGACGUCGAUCACCGAACGCCGCCCGAACAAGGAGAGGAGCCGACUUCGGCGGAAGUCGUGACAUCUGUAAACAAUUGUUGGGAAAAUUACUUGUGUCAUGCACGAAGUAGAUGUCUUAACCGACUUGCCAAAACUGUAGUUUGUUUAAGAAGAAAUUUGUGGAGUGGUUGAAAACGAGUUUUAAUGACUCCAAACUAAGUGUAUGUAAACUUCCGACUUCAACUGUACAUAGAACUAGGAAUAAAUGCCUUGAGUGUUGGGUUUAGUUAGUAGUUUUACCUUGGCUAGUGGCAAUGUGGUCUAGUGUUAAGGCAGUACUACAGUAUAUUAUCAACAUUGUCUUAUCAUAUAUCUCAUUCGAAAUUAUUGUAUUCUAAAGGUGGAUAUAAAAUCAGUGCCUUGGGUAUCAUUUUGCGGUGGGCUUGUGAGGGUCAAGUGUUAGUACACCGCCCUAAUCCACCUUGAGGUAGAUUCCUGGGCUGCCAUUGGAUUAUUCCUGAGAACACAACAAUGGAUUUUUUAAAUUCACCAUAAUCCCAGUGAAUAUUGCAAGCACUUUCAUAUGACUAUGUGGAGAGGAAGCUAAUGCCUAAAGAAGGACCUCUCAGGAACUUAAUAACAUAGUAGAUUAAAGAUCUACAAAUGUCUUCUUCGCCUACGACCACUUGCGAUUGGAUGAUCCUGCAGGUUGAACAGAAAAAUAUCAAUGUUCGCGUCACCACCAUGGACGCUGAGCUGGAGUUCGCCAUCCUGCACAGCACCACUGGCAAACAACUCUUCAACCAGAUAGUGAAAACCAUCGGGCUGAGAGAGACCUGGUUCUUUGGCCUACAGUACCAGGACAGCAAAGGCUUCUCUACCUGGCUCAAACUCAACAAGAGGGUGACAGCUCAGGAUGUACGCAGGGAGAACCCUCUGUUGAUAAAGUUCAGGGCCAAGUUCUACCCUGAAGACGUAGCUGAGGAACUGAUCCAAGAGGCCACGCAACGACUUUUCUUCCUGCAGGUAAAGGAGGGCAUCCUGAAUGAUGAUAUCUACUGUCCUCCUGAGACGGCUGUGCUGUUGGCCUCCUACUCUGUUCAGACCAAACAUGGAGACUACAAGAAGGACUACCACUUCCCUGGUUACCUCAGCAGGGACAAGCUGCUUCCCCAGAGGGUUCUGGAGCAGCACAAGCUGAACAAAGAGCAGUGGGAGAACAGGAUAAAGGUGUGGCAUGAGGAGCACAAGGGGGUGCUGAGGGAGGAUGCCAUGGUGGAGUAUCUGAAGAUAGCUCAGGAUCUAGAGAUGUAUGGAGUCAACUACUUCAGCAUCAAGAACAAGAAGGGUUCAGAGCUGUGGCUGGGGGUAGACGCUCUGGGCCUCAACAUAUACCAGAACACUGACAGGAUGACCCCUAAGAUCGGCUUCCCAUGGAGUGAGAUCAGAAACAUUUCUUUCAACGACAAGAAGUUUGUUAUAAAGCCCAUUGACAAGAAAGCACCGGAUGUUGUGUUCUACGCCCCUCGUCUACGGAUCAACAAGCGUAUCCUGGUGCUGUGCAUGGGGAACCACGACCUGUACAUGAGGAGGAGGAAGCCAGACUCCAUCGAGGUCCAGCAGAUGAAGGCCCAGGCCCGCGAGGAGAAGACUAAGAGACAGAUGGAGAAAGCUCUGCUUGAGGGCGAGAAGAAGAAGAGAGAGAAUGCGGAGAAGGAGACAGAGAAGAUCGCCAGAGAAACCAUGGAGCUGAUGGGCAGACUGAAACAGAUUGAGAAAGAGACCAAGAAAGCUCAGGAAGAGCUGGAGGAGCAGACUCGCAGGGCCGUGGACCUGGAGAAGGAGAGGACGUUUGCUCAGGAGGAGGCAGAGCGUCUGGAGAAGGAGCGCAAGGCAGCGGAAGAGGCCAAGGCAUCCCUCCUACAGCAGUCAGAGAGCCAGAUGAAGAACCAGGAGAACCUGGCCACUGAGCUGGCUGAGCUGACCCCUAACAUUUCCCUUCUGGAGGACGUAAAGAAGGAGAAGGACGACGAUACAAAGAGGUGGCAGAAAAGGACGGUCAUGGUGGAGGUCGAUUUGGAGCGAGCCAAAGAAGUUCUGAAGACUAAAGACAUCCAGGACUGUGUGCAGGGGGACCACGACGAGACCGACGAGAGCAGCGCCGAGGCCAGCGCCGAGCUGACAUCACCAGGCAUGGUCAGAGACCGCAGCGAGGAGCAACGCAUGACGGAGGCUCAGAAGAACAAACGGCUACAGAAACACCUCAAGGCCCUGAGUAGUGAGUUGGCCAGCGCUCGAGACGACAGUAAGAACACUCCCAACGACCUGAUCCACGCGGAGAACGUUAAGGCCGGCCGGGACAAGUACAGGACCCUCCGUCAGAUACGACAAGGCAACACCAAGCAACGCAUCGACGAGUUCGAGUCCAUGUGAGAGAGAGAGAAUGAGUGAAUGAGAGAGAACAAGAGUCUGUACUGAAUAUAUGUAUUUGAAUGGAAGUCAUAUAGGCAGGUACAGUGUAAUUAUAACGUCAACAUUGCUUUAUUGACUUUGUAAGCACCCACUGCCUCUCCCCAGUAGCGUUUUGUCUACCGUGACUAAAGAUUGCCAUCUACUGGCUGUAACGUAUUACAUUUAUGUUUGCUAAAGUCAAAUUCUGUCGACUACAGACUGUAGGCGACUAGUACAACAAUCAAAGUGAGUGAUUAUAUUAUUACUACAUCGUCAUUUCUGCUGCUUUUGGUUUUUGCAAUCUUGAAAUGCAUCUAUGCAAAAUAAUCCUUAGCUGAUACACUAAUAGAAAACAUAUUUUUCUGUAUGCAUAGUUUAGUGAGAGGAACGAUUUGAGGUUAUUUACAAUAUUUACAAACGGAUGUCAUUUCGCAGAUAUAAAUGAGCACCAAAUUUGUUAAGUGUUUUGCUAUGAGUCAAAUAAAUACCAUUAACCAACA